AUGAGUUACUUAGUCUGUCUUGAUAUGGUUACAUUCAUAACUCUGCAACCUAUAAAAAAAGGUGGACAGUUGUUUAUUUCUUACGGACCAGAAUUUCAUAUUAUGCCAACUCCGAAGCGAAGAGAAGAAUUACAAAAUAAUAGAAGCUACUGGUGCGAUUGUCACGCUUGCAUCAACAAUUGGAAUCCGGAACAUGUUUUUCCAUCAACUUCGAAUAAAAUACCGAAAAAAAUCGCAACAGAUAUGUCAAUGAUUUUCUUCGAGUGCAUUGUCCAAAUUCAAAGACAAAAUUUUUAUGACCAUGAUACUACAUCUCCAGAGGAAAUUGAGAAGCUAAUGUCGCGUAUAUUUACAAUAAUCAAUCUAGUAGGACGAUACGUUAUAUAUCCUUGUGAAGAAACAUCAGUGGGAAAAUGUUUCCUGUAUAGCAUUAUCAGAUGGAUCGAGAGUUACCAACCACCGAUUGAUUCAGGUUAUACGUUCACCAAAAAGCAUGUGAUUCUUUAUGAAUGGAGAAUAAACGAGAUAAGUUCAUACGUUGAAAAAAAUGACGAUGAGGUUAUCUACAAGCUGGACCUGGAAUCACCAAAGUUUUCGGUUGGAGCGGAUGAAGAAAAAAAGUGGUAUCUGAGAUUGAAGUCUGCAAGUGAUCUGGAUCUUGACAAAACUUGGUUGUCUUUAUUCCUGCACUAUUCGUCUUCCAAAGAAUCAGAGGUCAAGACCAAGUAUUUAUUGUUUAUUUUAAAUGAUAAAAAAGAAAGAGUUAAUGUUUCUGAAUUUCAUAAAUGGUUUAAAAAUGACGGCGACGGUUGGAUCUGUGCUGAGUUUGUCAAAAAAGCAGAUCUGGAAGAAAAGAAAGAUGAGCUUCUUCCUGAUGAUACACUGACAAUCGGAAUAGAACUUACAGUCUACGAUGAUUCCACAACGUUUUGUACCUACAUAACAUUGGAAGAACCAAAAUCUCAAAUGGUUGCUGAUUAUAAGAGACUCUUUGAAAGCAAGGAAGGCUGCGACGUUGUCAUCAAGGUAAAAGACGAGACUUUUGAAGCUCACAAGACGAUCUUGAUGGCACGCAGCGAAAUGUUCUUUAAGCUGUUUACUGUUGAAAUGAAGGAGAGUAAGGAGGAAUUUAUUACUCUGUCAGACAUCGAACCUGAAAUCUUCAAGAGCUUGUUGGAAUUUAUCUACACAGACGAAGUUUCUUACCUCGAUGUUGUUGUAGAAGAUUUGUUGGAGGCUGCUGAUAGAUUUCUGAUAGAGUCACUCAAAAAUAUGUGUGUAGAGUCUCUGAUUAAAUUGCUAAACAUCGACAAUGCUGUCCGAUUCUUGUCCUUAGCUGAAAGACAUAAUGCUCCUCAGUUACUCACCCACGUUACUGAUUUCAUUGUUUUGAAUGUUGAGGAUAUCAUCAAGAGUCGAGAGUUUGAAAUUAUGGAAAAGUCGAAUCCAUCUUUGGCGCUGAUUUUGUUUCGAAAGUUCGCAGCUUUAAAAACUGAUGGGACAUUUUUGUUUUCUGAUCCUGUUAAAGAAGUACUUUUCACAAUGAAAAAAGAAAAAGGUUAUACAAGCGUUAAAAAGCAUCAGAUAGAAUAUCACUGGAAAAUAAAUGAGAUAAGUUCAUACAUUAAAUGCUACCGUGAAAAACCUGAGAUAAAUACACAUUUACUUUCACCCACGUUUUCAACGGGGUCCAAAAUGGAUGAUGCAUGGAAACUUACGAUAACGUUCAAUGAUCAUGAUUCAGAUGAAUACAAAGAUUGGAUAUCAAUUUAUCUAAACCCAUUUAAUCAACAAAAAGUAAUCGAAUUUAAAACUGACUACACAUUGUUCAUUUUGGAUAACAAAGGUGAAAUGGUUGAAAGGGAAAAUACUAAGUAUAUUUUUAAUGAUUUUCAUGGAUAUGGUUUCCCAGAUUUCUGUACAAAAAAAAAAUUAUUAGAAAAUCCAGAUACACAUAUACCAAACGAUACACUAACAGUUGGUAUCAUAUUAACCGUAUUUGAUUCUUCGACAUUUUCUAAUAAUGAUACUGUUGAUGAUGAGCCAAGAGGUUUCAUGAUCGGUGAUUAUACAAAACUUUAUGAGGACGAAAACAUGCCUGAUCUUGUUGUGAAGGUUAAACAUGAAACAAUCAAAGCUCAUAAAACAAUUUUGAUGGCUCGUUGUCCUCUGUUCAGUAAAAUGUUUUCAAUUAAGAUGAAAAGUAGAGAAGAAGAAAUCAAUAUACCCGAUGUGGACUCUGAUACUUUUUACAGCUUUCUUGAAUUCAUUUAUACUGAAGAAGUUAUUGACUUAGACGAUUAUGCCGAAGCUUUAUUUGAAUUUGCAAGCAAAUAUAAGCUGGAAGAACUUAAAAAAAUGUGUGCAAAGUCUCUAUACAAAACUUUAAAUAUUGAUAACGCACCCAGACUAUUGGUUUUAGCAAAGGAAUGUGAUGCUCUGGAGCUACUGGAUUACAUCUCUGAAUUCAUUGUAAUCAAUUCUGGGCAAAUUAUUGAGACUCCAGAAUAUCGCUCCAUUGGAGAAUCAAAUCCAGCAAUUGGUAUAAUUCUGCUUAAAAAAUUUGCGGAAUGGAAACUUAGUGGCAAUCUUGAACUCAACGACAAUUACGGUGACAGUUCGAUCUGUUCUAAGUUUGUCAAGAAAGCAGACCUGGAAGAAAAAAAGAAAGAGCUUCUUACGUAUGAUACACUGACAAUCGGAGUAGAACUUAUAGUCUACGAUGGUUCCACGACAAUUUCUACCAGCAUCACCUUGGAUGAACCAAAAUCUCAAAUGGUUGCUGAUUAUAGGAAACUCUUUGAAAGCAAGAAAAGCUGCGACGUUGUCAUCAAGGUAAAAGAUGAGACUUUUCAAGCUCACAAGGCGAUCUUGAUGGCACGCAGCGAAGAGUUCUUCAAGCUGUUUACUGUCGAAAUGAAGGAGAGUAACGAAGAAUUCAUAACUCUGUCAGACAUUGAACCUAAAAUAUUCAAGAGCUUGUUGGAAUUUAUCUACACAGACGAAGUUUCCGACCUGGAUGUUGUUGUGGAAAGUUUGUUAGAGGCUGCUGAUAAAUAUCUCAUAAAGUCACUGAAAAAUAUGUGUGUAGAGUCUCUGAUUAAAUUGCUAAAGAUCGACAAUGCUGUACGAUUCUUGUUCUUAGCUAAAAGAUAUAAUGCUCCUCAAUUACUCACGCUCGUAUCUGAAUUCAUUGUUUUGAAUGCUGAGAAUAUCAUCAAGAGUCGAGAGUAUGAUAUUAUAAAGUCGAAUCCAUCUUUGGCGAUUAUUUUGAUUAGAAAGCUUGCAGCUUUGAAAGCUAAUGGGACAAUUAGGUUAGCUGACCCUGUUAAAAGAAGCAUGAAGAGAGGUUAUGUAGUUACGAAUAAACACAUUGUGAAAUUCGAAUGGAAAAUAAAAAAUAUCAAUUCACAUGUGAAAUUCGAGACUGAUGAUGAAAACAAGGAUAUAAAAUUACAUUCAUCGUCAUUUUCGGCGAAAGCUAAUGGAGAUUUGUGGAAACUGCAUGUUCAAUUUAAUAAUGCUCACCAGUCUGUUAAUAAAGACUACAUGUCACUGUGCCUGCAAUCUUUGAGAAACGAUUUAAAAGUGAAAACUAAAUUUAUAUUGUACAUUUUAAAUCACAAGAAAGAAAUGACAAAUGAUAACGUUUUGUACAUGACAUUUGAAAAUGACGAAGUCGCUUAUGGAUUACCAGAGUUUGUCCGGAAGAAAGAUUUGGUGGAUCCGAAAAAAAAGCUAUUAUCUCAUGAUAGUUUAACAGUUGGUGUUGAAUUGGUUGUUUUUGAUAACCCUGAUAACAAAAGCAGUGAUACAACUAAUGAGUUGAUGAUAAAACCAAGCAACCAGCUAGUCCAGGAUUAUAAGCAACUCUUAGAUAGCAAAGCUGGAAGUGACGUUACUCUAAUAGCGGGUGACCGUAAAUUUAAAGCUCACAAAUCUAUCUUGCUAGCCAGAAGUCCUGCUUUCUCGAAGAUGUUUUCUGAAAACCAGUUCCAGGUCCUGAAAGCUCCAAUAAUGAUACAUGACAUUGAACCUGAAAUCUUCGAGAAAGUUCUGGAGGCAAUUUAUACUGACGAAGUUUCUGACUUGGAUGAACACGCCGAAGAUUUACUCGAAGCUGCUGAUAAAUUGCAACUGCAAUCGCUCAAGCAAAUGUGCGAGCAGUCGCUCUCCAAGACUUUGAGUGUUGAUAACGCAAUUGUGGCGCUGUCUUUAGCUGUUCAGUAUAAUGCUAAAGAGUUGAUUGAUUAUGUAGCGGAUUUUAUUGUUAGCAACGCUGAACAAGUUGUCACCACGCCUGAGUAUAGCGUAUAUUAUGACACUAAAAAUUGA